AUGCGUUCAACCAAUGUUAUUCUCGCCAUUCUUUCCCUCUCUUCUACCAUCUCUGCGCUUGCGGCUCCGAGAUCUGCAGCUUUCGAUGCGGGAUUGAAUGUGUUUGAGAAGGAUUGCCAAUAUUCUGCUAUGGGAUCCGUCUGCCACAAAACAUCCCAUAUCAAUUGCUGCAAUGGAUUCUCCUGCGAAAUGAUGGAUAAUCCCAAUGGGGAUUAUGGUAUUUGUCGCGCGUCGAAUGAUCGACUAACCGGAUAUUUUAGAUGUGUGUCAUCCAAAAUCCGAAUCAAUUGCUGUUUUGGUCUCUACUGUGACAUGACCAAUAACCCCAAUGGCGAUUACGGAAAAUGUAAACCUUCGCAUGAGUCGAAUAAUCCACUCAAGAAAAUCGAAGAUGCGGAAAGAUGUUUGGAAUCGGGCUCAAUGCAUUGUAAUUUGCAAGGUGCACCACCAUGUUGCUCCGGGGCAAAAUGCAACAAGGUUGGAAGAUCGGAUAGCCCAAUGUUUAUGUGCGAAAAGGAAUCCGAUGAUCAAGAUAGUGAUGACAAGUGUUUGAAACCUGGUUCAAUGCAUUGCAACUACCUUGGCUCCCCAAAAUGUUGCAGCGGAUCAAAAUGCAACAAUAUUGGAAAGUCUGACAGUAACAUGUUUAUGUGCGAAAAGGAGUCUGAUGACGACGAUAAGAAACAAUGUUUAGUUCCUGGAGUUUGUAAGAAUGUCAGAGGUGAAAAUUUCAUGUGUGCAAAGGACUCUGAUGAUGAUGACGACGAUGUUUCAACUGUUCUCUCCCAAGAUCAACAACCAUUCCUCUCAUCAAAAGACAAAAAUGUCUUCGAAGAAGAUUGUGACAGGAACAUGUGUAUUGAAGGAGGCCAGAUGUGUCAUCGCCACAGACAAAACUCCAAGUGUCCACCUGCUCCAUGCUGUCCGGAUUUUCAAUGCGCAUACGACCCCACUGGAUGCUCACCUUUUGGAUGUAAGAAUCCCCAUCCUCCUUCAUUUAGCAGUAAAAUUGACAAGAAAAAGGUCCAUGUAAAAAAGAUCAACAUAAUAGCUGCUGCAAAGGUCAAAGUUGCACAGGAAGAGGAGCACUCUCGCCUAUACGCAUUGAAAGGGAUGUUCCAUGGGUUUGUUGAGAAAAUCGAGAAGAAAUAUUGUUUACCACAAGGAGAAUCAUGUAUGAUGCAACAUGAUAAAUGCUGUCAUGGAUUGAUGUGCCAUUCUGGAGAAUGCAUGGCCGACAAUGACGAACUGAAGAUUUGA